UGUGCUGUCUAGACAAACAUGUGCCAGGAAGCAUGAUGUGACUGUCUUGUUCAUCAGGUGGACUCUCACUACUGCCCCAGCUGCCUGGAAAACAUGCCUUCAGCUGAAGCCAAGCUGAAAAAGAAUAGGUGUGCUAACUGCUUUGACUGCCCCUGCUGCAUGCAUACCCUUUCCACUCGGGCCACGAGCAUUCCUGCUCCACUCCCUGAUGACCCAGCCAAGACUACCAUGAAGAAAGCAUAUUACUUGGCCUGUGGAUUUUGCCGCUGGACUUCCCGGGAUGUUGGCAUGGCAGACAAGUCUGUCGCUAGUGGUGGCUGGCAGGAGCCGGAGAAUCCUCACACGCAGAGGAUUAACAAACUGGUUGAGUACUACCAGCAGUUGGCUCAGAAAGAGAAGAUUGAGCGGGACCGAAAGAAGCUGGUGCGACGCCGAAACUACAUGCCCCUGGCCUUUUCGCAACACACUAUACACGUAGUGGAUAAAUAUGGCCUUGGAACCAGGCUUCAACGCCAGAGGCCCGGAGCACCGAUCAGUGCCCUCGCUGGACUCUCCCUAAAAGGAGAGGACCAGAAGGAGAUCAAGAUUGAGCCAGCUGAUGCAGUGGAAGAAGUGGAGCCUCUUCCUGAGGAUUACUACACAAGACCAAUCAAUCUGACAGAAGUGACGACUCUGCGUCAGCGCCUGCUGCAGCCUGACUUCCAGCCGAUCUGCGCUUCCCAGCUCUACCCACGUCAUAAGCACCUCCUGAUCAAGCGUUCACUGCGCUGUCGGAAAUGUGAACAUAACCUGAGCAAACCAGAAUUCAAUCCAACAUCUAUCAAAUUCAAGAUCCAGCUGGUUGCUGUUAACUAUAUCCCUGAAGUGAGAAUCAUGUCUAUUCCCAACCUGCGCUACAUGAAGGAGAGCCAAGUCCUCCUGACUCUGACCAAUCCAGUGGAAAACAUCACACAUGUCACACUGCUGGAGUGCGAGGAGGGAGACCCUGACAACAUCAACAGCACUGCCAAGGUGGCAGUUCCUCCCAAGGAGCUUAUUUUGGCUGGCAAAGAUGCUGCAGCAGAAUAUGAUGAGCUGGCAGAGCCUCAAGACUUCCAGGAUGACCCUGACGUUAUUGCCUUCAGAAAAGCCAAUAAGGUGGGAGUUUUCAUCAAGGUCACCCCACAGAAAGAAGAGGGCGAAGUGACCGUGAGUUUCAAGAUGAAGCACGAGUUUAAAAACCUUGCUGCUCCAAUUCGGCCCAGCGAGGAAGGUGAUCAUACCUCUGAGGUCAUCUGGCUCACCCAUCACGUGGAGCUCAGCCUCGGUCCAGUGCUCCCAUAAACGCUCCCAACGCUUGUGCCCCAACAGCUGGCCGCAGGACAGACUGUCACAGUGAGGAAAGCACCCGCCAAAACGUUCUGCGAGGGCUCCCGUGUGAUGUGUGGGUGUGCGCCACAGGCCCCAGCCAGGCCGUGAGGGAGGUGGCUGAGGGUGCUGUGGUUUGGGAUGGUUUGUUCUCUCUCCUCUUGUUGUAGUGCCCACUGACUACCGCUCUGCUUCCCCACACCGCCACAGGCUAGUUUUAACUUGCAGCACGUGUUUCAGCACAGAGAAAGAUCUCACUUUUUCCAGAUUUGCACGACACCUGGCUGAAUUUUAUCAACAGAAAAGAACCCUUCUGUGUUUUUUUUUCAUGUUAGCCCACAAAUCUGAUGCGUUACCUACUCAUAUGAACAACUUCUUUUUCCAACAGAGCGACGCCCUUCCUGAACAACCGUUUCAGGAGGUGGCUGUGUCUGCUGCGUUAUUGGCAAGUUACUGGCAGCAGCACGAUGCUUUCUUUUGGUUUUCUGCUUCCUUGUAGGAUACCUCAGCUGUGGGGGGUUGGAACAUACAACCCUACUGCUCUGGCGUAUGUAGCUUGCUUAGCUGAGGUGAUAGAUCCGUUUUCACAAAGGAAAUGAUCAGUUUGCCUUUAAACUAAACAUAUAGUGUCCUGUGAGUGUCCAUGGAUGUAACUGGCAACCCAACCCGCUGUCAGCCCGCCGUGUCACGGGUGGGUGUGGUAGCGUAAUGCCCCGUGAGCUGGCAAUUCUGUUUCUGCUACAGCUCUUGGCUGAGGCAGGGAUGCUCUGGAGAGGCUGCCUGGCAGCCUUCAGUUCUAUUAACAUGUAUUAGUAAGGGUAGAGAUCAGCAUAUGAAACCUGGAGAGUUAAGAUUAGGUCUGGUAGUCAUAAAACUACAGAGGCUCUUGGAGUUUGUACUCUUAUCUUUUUCCAGUUAGGGUGGGAGGGAGGUAUAAAGGUGGACAGACAGUUACAUGUUAACUAGCAUACACUGUACCAUAAGGUAAUUUAUCUGGGGUGUAAUUUGGCUGUAGUCCAAGCUAAAAUCAGUAAUUAAGAGCAGUAUCCAGGAUACUGAAUUGCUAGUAACUGCAUAGCUUAGUUCACGUGGGUGAGAUCACUCCCCACAGAGUGUUCCCAGUUCAGACUGACCUUUGUUAAAUGUUUUGGAUGGGCUUGUUUUGCUGGGAAAGGCUUGAAUAUGCCAGCCAGCCACCUCUCUAUUGCUGGAGACACUCAUGCCAUGGCUUUGCCAGCCCGGAGCUGCAAACCUUCUGCACGGGAGGGCAGGAUGGGGCUGCCUGCUCUCCAGGGAGGCAGUGGUGCACCACCCAAAAACGAUCUCCCAUAGCAUGAGAAACCUGUCUUGGUGUGCCUGGGCGAAGGCGUGCCUUACAGCCUACGUCCUGCAGCAGGUCUCAGCACGGCGAGGCAUCACGUUUACAACUUCGUGUAGGUUACACGCAGAGUACAGCAUGAGUUUAAGAUUUGUAGUUCAUAGUUAAUCUCUAGUGCUAGCGCCUGCUGUGGCUUUACCUGUCCAGAUAACAAAGUGCUUAACUUUUGGCUGUGACUUCUCUUCAGUAGCCAAAAUAGCUGCUACACUUGUGACACUAAGGUGGAAAAGAGCCUUUUUGGGACGGGACGGUGGCUGAGCAAGGCCUCGAACCACCACCUGGGAUCAUGCUGGGGCUGAUGACCUGCUCCUCAACUCUCCGUUUCUCACUGAAAACAAAAAGGUGCAUUGAUUUUAGGAUAUUGUGAGCGGUAAAAUUAGCUCGGUGAGGUUUGUUGGUUGGUUGUUUGUUUUUUUUUCCCCUCCCCGUAGGUGCUUGUAGGCGAUAGGAAAGGUGUCGGUGUGUCCCGGUCUGUCCCCGCUCUCGGAGCGCGCUCCCCAUUGUCUGCCCCUUCCUGACAGGCGACUGUUGCCUUACUGCUUGACGUCGUGUAGUGACCUUCAAUAAAGCAAACGUGGCUCUCGGA